GCAUAGGAGAUUGAUUGAGGAGGAGAUUGGGCAUUGGAGGUGAUGUCCCGCAUACUAGCUUGCUUGCCUAAGAGACUUUACACAUGCGAUACACUCGUGUUUUUAAGUCUUUCCGAGAAGAUUCUCGUGGAUGUUCCUUCUCUGGCUUGCCUCCCAUCCCUGAAAGAUCUUGAACUUCACUCUGUGGUUUACAAAGAUGAAGAUUCUCUUGCUCGGCUUUUAUCAAGUUGUCCUAAUCUCAAUUAUUUGAGUGUAGAACGACGUGAUCUCCAAGACAACGUGAAACUUUUCAAUAUAAAAGCUCCAUUAUUAGAAAGCUUAUCCUAUGUGUAUCUGGAGUUAACAUCACACAACGAAGGUGGGCGGACUUUGGUUAUAGAUUGUCCCGCUUUAAAGGAAAUCUCCAUCGCUGAUUACUCGGGGGACUCUUGCUUCUUUGAGAACAAACCUCACCUUGACAAGGCAUUUAUCAGCGGUUUUUGUAACCCUGAUGACAAGUUUGUGGCAUGUCUUUCCUCAGUCAUAGAUCUCGAGUUAGUUUUGAACUUUGCAACGUUUGCGUGGUUUAACACUAUUAGCUUCUCACAGCUUCUGGAAUGUAAGAUAACACUUGUAGACAAUCUAGACUGGUUAGAACCACAAAUGUUUUUGCUUCAAAACUCUCCUAAUCUAAAACUUCUUUCCAUCGACAAGGUUUGUACUUUCCCUUCAUGCAGUUUUGAUAGAUUCACUAUAUUAUCCCUUUGGUUGUUUUACAGAAAUUCGUUCGAUUUCCGGAGGAGUUGCCACUUUCAUGGAAUCAACCGAGUUCUGCCCAAAUGUCUGUCCACCCAUCUAGAGAUCUUUGAAUGGAAUGAAUAUGGAGGAAGAAACAAAGAGAAAGAAUUGGUAAGAUACAUCUUUGCCAACUCCAACUGUUUAAAGAGAGCUGGAUUCUCGUUGAAAUCAACCGGCAAAAAGAAGAGGAUGAUGGAAGAGUUAGCAUCUAUGUCUAGGAUUUCAUCAUCAUCCCAGCUUAUCUUCUCCACCCAAUUAGAAUAUCCAUGCGUUUUAUAUGAAAAGAAGUAACUAGUCUCAUGUGUGUACAACUAAUGAACAAGAUGUACUUUGAGAGUAGA